CCUCGAAAUACUUGUCACCAAGCAAACGACCACCCCCUUAUACCUAAGCGGUAUGAAAACAUGCCACCUGCAAAACCUCCCAAGAAAAAACCAUCCUCCACACAACCCAAACCACAACCAACCCCACCAGACUGGCCCCCUCUCCGCCCAUUAGUCCCCUCCACAGACCUCUAUAUCGAACCAUUGCUCACAAAUCAAAUCUACAUAAUCCGCAAUUUCUUCACAGCCAGCUUGUGUAAGUCAUACGUUUCGUUUUUCACCAGCUCUUCAUCGGCAAUUGAUUUGGUGACGACACCGCUGAAGCCGAAGAGUAAGGAUCAUGCGGUUAGGGUGAAUGAUCGGUUUCAGGUUCAGGAUGCUGGGUUCGCGGAGAUGUUGUGGAGGGGGACUUGUUUGAGGGAUGUUGUCUAUGAGAGGAGGGGGAUAGAUGAGCGUGGUGUUGAAGAGGAAGAAGAGGAGAAUGAGCGGAUUUGGGGUGGAAGGGUAUUAGGAUUGAAUCCGAAUAUUAGGAUAUAUCGGUAUACGCCGGGGCAGUUUUUUGCGCAGCACUACGACGAAUCCAAUACACUCCAAUUCCCUGACCACACACCCAACAAACCAGUCCCGGCACGCACAACAUGGACUCUACUGAUAUAUCUCACCACGACCGAAGGAGGAGAAACAGUCUUCUAUCCUGAAGAUGGCUCUGCGCCGAUAUCUGUGACUCCUGAGGUCGGAAUGGCGCUUUUGCACCGGCAUGGAGAGCAUUGUCUUUUACACGAGGGAAAGGAGGUUCGGAAGGGGGAGAAGUGGGUUAUACGGAGUGAUUUGGUAGUGCGAUAGCUCUAUACAUGUUGUAUCUGUAUAGACAAUCUUAUUCAUCGGGUUGCCUGUAGGAUUCAAUUAUCCCCACAUUUUGAUCUCCACUACGUGCUCAAAACUGAAUUGCUAUUGGUCAAAAACUAGUUAAAAUAUUCAACGCUAGUACCAAUCAAGAGACUGGGCAUGGAGUUUUACUGGAUCAGAACUGCAGAUUGACCAAUCAGAAGCCUCAAAUUGAGC